UAGUUCAGAUCAUCAACGAUAGAAACUGAUCACCAAAUGUAAAAAAGGGAAAAGGAUGACACUACUGCAUACGCAUUCGGCCUGAAUAGAGGAAGAAUCGACAACCACCGAUCACGCAUCUGUCGCCUCAGGCGAGCAAUUGCCCUACCUCCGACGCCGGAAAGUAGCCCCCUCUUUCUGUCUCUCUCUCUCUCGAUUCUGUUCUGUCUGCAAAUUAAUAUUACAUUCUUAUUUUUCGCCAACAACUUAGAUAUCUGAAUGUAUUGUUGUUUGUUCCCCAUGCUUUCAACUAGAGCUAGAUCUGAAAAUCCAAGCAUUAUUAUCACUAUUGUGAGCCUGAGCCUGAGCCUGAGCCUCCAACAGUGGUGGUAAUAAAGAAAAAGCGAGAGAGAGAGAGAUGUCAGGGGGUUCGCAAACCCUAGGGGGUCCUUCAAGGUGUGGGUGGGUUCUGGGGCCAUCACUGGACAAGAUCAUAAAGAACGUAGCAUGGAGAAAGCACUCCCAGCUGGUUGCUGCCUGCAAAUCAGCACUCGACAAGCUCGACACCCUCUCCGACUCCUCCUCAGAUCCAGCCUCCUGCUCCCCCUUGUACGGCUUCUCCAACUCCUCCGAUGCCGAUUUCGUCAUUCAACCUCUCAUCCUCGCCCUUGAUUCUGCCUCCCCCAAGGUUGUCGAGCCCGCCCUCGACUGCGUUUUCAGAUUGUUCUCCUUCGGCCUCAUUCGCUGCGAAAUCGACCGCCUCUCCUCCUCCUCUUCCUCUGAUGCUUCUUCUCUUAUUUCCCGCCUCGUCGAUUCUGUCUGCAAGUGCAGCGGUCUUGGAGAGGAGCCUAUCGAGCUCGGCGUCCUCAAAGUGCUGCUCUCUGCCGUCCGAUCUUCCUCUGUCCUUAUCAGGGGCGAUUGCCUCGUCCACAUUGUUAGGACCUGUUAUAAUGUCUAUCUUGGUGGCUUAAACGGGACCAAUCAGAUCUGUGCCAAGUCGGUUCUUGCGCAGAUGAUGGUUAUUGUUUUCACCAGGGUUGAGGAGGACUCCAUACUGGUUAAAUUCCGAACCGUUUCUGUUGCGGAGCUCUUGGAGUUUACUGAUAGGAACUUGAAUGAAGGGAGUUCAGUACAAUUUGCUCAGAACUUGGUUAAUGAGGUCGUGGAAGUAAGUGAAGGGAUUUCAGAUUCAAACCCAUCACCACGAAAUGGGAAUCUGCCCGAGUCAAGAGCGGAUGGAAAAGGUGAAUUGGGAAAUGGGGAGCCAAAUGAUGGAGCCGGUUCCAAUGGUGGCUCAGAGAUUAGGGAGGAUGGAUUUAUGCUUUUCAAAAAUCUGUGUAAAUUAUCAAUGAAGUUCUCAUCACAGGAGCACCCUGAUGAUCAUAUCCUUCUGAGGGGAAAAAUAUUGUCUCUUGAGCUGCUAAAGGUUAUCAUGGAUAAUGCGGGUCCAAUUUGGCGCACAAAUGAGAGGUUUCUCAAUGUUAUCAGGCAGUAUCUCUGCUUAUCAUUGUUAAAAAACAGUGCACUGUCAGUUAUGACUAUUUUCCAACUUCUUUGUUCUAUUUUCAAGAGCUUAUUGUCAAAAUUCAGAUCAGCGUUGAAAGCAGAAAUUGGAAUUUUCUUCCCCAUGCUCAUUUUGCGUGUGCUCGAGAAUGUGCUUCAGCCUAGUUUCUUACAGAAGAUGACUGUUCUCAAUUUGCUGGAGAAGAUCUCUCAGGAUUCACAGAUUGUCGUUGACAUUUUUGUCAAUUAUGACUGUGAUGUGGAUGCUCCAAACAUCUUUGAAAGGACUGUCAAUGGCCUUCUGAAAACUGCUCUAGGUCCGCCUCCUGGUUCAACUACCACUUUGUCUCCAGCCCAUGAUAUUACAUUUCGGCUUGAAUCAGUAAAGUGCUUGGUUAGAAUCAUCAAGUCAAUGGGAACAUGGAUGGACCAACAAUUGAGAAUAGGAGAUUUUUACCCGCCAAAAACCUCUGAUAGUGACACUCCAACAGAAAAUCAUACGACCUUUAGUGGAGAAGAAGGAAUCAUCCCCGACUAUGAGAUGCAUCCAGAAGUAAAUUCUGAAUUCUCAGACGCUGCUACCCUUGAGCAACGUCGGGCUUACAAAUUAGAGCUCCAGAAAGGUGUCUCACUGUUCAACAGAAAACCUUCCAAGGGAAUUGACUUUUUAGUAAGCACCAAAAAGAUUGGCAGUUCUCCUGAAGCAGUGGCUUCUUUUCUGAAGAAUGCUGCUGGCCUUAAUGAAACCAUGAUCGGUGACUAUUUGGGCGAAAGGGAGGAAUUUUCUUUAAAAGUGAUGCAUGCUUAUGUAGAUUCCUUUAACUUUGAAGGAAUAGAUUUUGGUGAAUCAAUUAGGUUCUUCCUAAGGGGCUUUAGGCUACCAGGAGAGGCGCAGAAAAUUGACCGCAUCAUGGAAAAAUUUGCUGAACGCUAUUGUAAAUGCAAUCCAAAUUCAUUUACAAGUGCAGACACUGCCUAUGUUCUUGCUUACUCUGUGAUAAUGCUCAACACGGAUGCCCAUAAUAACACGGUAAAGGAUAAGAUGACCAAGGCUGAUUUCAUCCGGAAUAACCGAGGGAUUGAUGAUGGCAAGGAUUUACCUGAGGAAUAUUUGGGUGCUAUCUAUGAUCAAAUUGUAAAAAAUGAGAUUAAGAUGAAUGCUGAUUCUUCUGCACCUCAGAGCAAGCAGGCAAACAGUCUCAAUAAACUAUUGGGCUUGGAUGGUAUACUCAAUCUAGUUUGGAAACAGACAGAAGAAAAACCAUUGGGUGCAAAUGGGGUUCUUAUUAGGCACAUUCAAGAGCAAUUUAAGGCACAAUCAGGAAAAUCAGAGUCUGUUUAUUAUGCUGUUGCAGAUGCGGCAAUAUUGAGGUUUAUGAUGGAGGUUUGCUGGGGUCCAAUGCUUGCUGCAUUCAGCAUGACACUGGACCGGAGUGAUGACAAGGCUGCUACUUCUCAAUGCUUACAGGGCUUCCGACAUGCUGUGCAUGUUACUGCAGUGAUGGGUAUGCAGACCCAGAGAGAUGCUUUUGUGACAACUGUUGCCAAGUUUACCUACCUCCACUGUGCUGCAGACAUGAAGCAAAAAAAUGUGGAUGCUGUCAAGGCAAUAAUAGCAAUUGCCAUUGAAGAUGGGAAUCAUCUUCAGGAAGCCUGGGAGCAUAUUUUAACAUGUCUUUCUCGAUUUGAGCAUCUACAACUACUAGGGGAGGGUGCACCAUCUGAUGCAUCCUUUUUUACGGUAUCUAAUGCUGAGGCUGAUGAAAAAUCGCUGAAGGCCACUGGUUUUCCAUCUUUAAAGAAAAAAGGAAGUCUCCAGAAUCCAGCUGUGGCAGCUGUUGUGCGAGGGGGUUCUUAUGACAGCACCUCUAUUGGAGUCAAUUCCUCAGGGCUGGUAACCCCAGAACAGAUUAAUAACUUCAUUUCAAACUUGAAUCUGCUUGAACAAAUUGGGAAUUUUGAGCUGAACCACAUAUUUGCUCAUAGCCAAAGGUUGAACAGUGAGGCAAUAGUAGCUUUUGUGAAGGCCCUUUGCAAAGUUUCCAUGUCGGAAUUGCAGUCUCCAACUGAUCCUCGUGUGUUCAGCCUCACGAAAAUAGUCGAAGUUGCGCAUUACAACAUGAACCGAAUCAGAUUGGUGUGGUCUCGUAUAUGGAGUGUUCUUUCAGAUUUCUUUGUGUCAGUUGGCUUGUCAGAAAAUCUCUCUGUUGCAAUUUUUGUCAUGGAUUCAUUGCGGCAACUUGCUGUGAAAUUCUUAGAGCGAGAGGAGUUGGCUAAUUACAAUUUCCAAAAUGAAUUUUUGAGACCAUUUGUCAUUGUCAUGCAGAAAAGCAACUCUGCCGAAAUCAGGGAACUAAUAGUUCGGUGUCUUUCACAGAUGGUCCUCAGCCGUGUCAGUAAUGUAAAAUCUGGCUGGAAGAGUGUUUUUAUGGUUUUCACAGCUGCAGCAGCUGAUGAAAGGAAGAAUAUAGUCUUGUUGGCCUUUGAAACUAUGGAAAAGAUAGUACGAGAAUAUUUCCCUUAUAUAACGGAGACUGAAACUUUGACCUUCACUGAUUGCGUUAGAUGUCUCAUUGCCUUCACAAAUAGUCGAUUUAACAGUGAUGUUAGCCUCAAUGCCAUUGCUUUUCUGCGAUACUGUGCUGUCAAACUUGCAGAUGGGGGACUUGUUUGUAAUGAGAAGAGCAAGUUUGAUGGUUCAUCCAUUCCAGUAGGAAAUGAGGACGCUUCAGAUGGACAGACAUUCUCAGAUAAAGAUGAUCAUGUAUCCUUUUGGGUUCCUUUGCUCACAGGUUUAUCAAGACUAACAUCAGAUCCAAGAUCAGCUGUCAGAAAGGGUGCUUUGGAAGUGCUCUUCAAUAUUUUGAAGGAUCAUGGUCUUCUUUUUUCACGUCCAUUUUGGAACAGUGUUUUCAACUCUGUAGUUUUCCCCAUGUUCAAUUUUGUGAAUGAAAAGAAAGAAACACAAUUCAAUGAUGACCAGUCUUCACCAUCUUCCAGAUCUCCUCAUCCUGAGGGAAGUAUGUGGGAUUCUGAAACUUCUACAGUGGCAGUUCAAUGUCUAGUAGACCUAUUUGUCAGGUUCUUCAAUGUGCUGCAGUCUCAACUACCUGGAGUGGUAUCAAUACUGGCCGGUUUCAUAAGAAGACCUGGUCAAGGUCCUGCGAGCACAGGGGUAGCUGCAUUAAUGCGUCUGGCAGGUGACUUGGGAGGCAGACUUUCAGAACAUGAAUGGGCAGACAUCUUUCUUGCUUUGAAAAAGGCAGUUUCUUCCUCGCUUCCAGGAUUUUUGAAGCUUGUGAGAACUAUGGAUAGCAUCGAGGUCCCAGACAUUGCUCAUUCUUAUAAUGAUCCAGAACUGUAUUCUAAUCAUGGAAUGACCAAUGAUGAUUCUGAAGAUGACGACCUACAAACAGCGGCAUAUGUUGUUUCAAGAAUGAAGAGUCAUAUAUCUGCACAGCUUCUCAUUAUACAGGUAAUCACUGAUUUGUUCAAGAUGCAUAACCAAUCGUUGUCAUUAGGCAACAUCAAGAUCCUUCUUGAUAUAUUCUCAACUAUUGCGUCUCAUGCCCACCAAUUGAAUUCUGAGACAACCCUUCAGCUGAAGCUGCAGAGAGCAUGCUCUAUCCUGGAGAUCUCUGAUCCACCCAUGGUUCACUUUGAAAAUGAAUCUUACCAGAAUUACCUCAAUUUCCUCCAUGAUUUACUUGUGAAUAAUCCAUAUGUGGCAGAGGGGAUGGACAUAGAAGCACUACUUGUGUCAGUUUGUGAAGAAGUUCUGCAGAUAUACCUGGACUGUUCUGGGUUGCGACCUGUCCAGAAGCAGAAACCAGUUGAGAAGCAGCAGGAGCUUCAUUGGAUUCUUCCCCUGAGUUCGGUGAAAAAGGAAGAGUUGGCUGCCAGGACUCCUCUUGUUGUGUUAGCAUUACGGGUUUUCAGUGAUUUUGAAAGUGAUUCUUUUAAGAGGUAUGUUCCGCAAUUAUUCCCCUUGUUGGUGGAUCUUGUCCGGAGUGAGCAUAGCUCAGGAGAAGUUCAGCGCGUUCUAAGCAACAUGUUCCAAUCAUGUAUAGGUCCAAUAAUAUUGAAAUAGUGAUUUUAUGAUUUGAAAGACGUAUAGUGCAUGCGUGCAUGCAUUCAUGCAAA